AUGAUCAGCGACCAAUUCUCUCCGUCUCAUUAUCGCGUUGUACACAAACUGGGCUAUGGGAGUUGUUCUACCACAUGGUUAGCGCGUGACGAGCGCUUGGCCAAUUACGUCGCGAUUAAAUUCGCCGUGUCAGAGCUUGAUCGUUCAUUUGAGAGCGCCAUACUGAGGAUUUUGCGGGAUGAUGAGGGAUGCCAUGCCACAGCGGAUGCUAGUUUAGCAAUGAUACCAGAGAUAUUGGAUGACUUCCAAUUGGAAGGCCUGGAUAUACAGGGCGCAAUGAGAAAACAUCACUGCUUGGUCACCACGCGAGCAAGGAUGAGCAUCUCAGAAGCGCGAGAUGCAUCCCGUAGCCUGUUGUUCCAGCUUUCAGUGGCUCGCACCAUUGCUGCUCAGCUUAUUCAAGCUGUCGCCUUCGUGCACUCUCGUGGCAUCAUUCACGCAGAUCUUCAUGAGGCCAAUAUCCUUCUUCGUCUGCCCGAUUCCAUCGACAACCUUACUCCAGACCAGCUCUAUGAAAACGACACUAUCUCGCUCGCUGACUCACGCAUCUUCUUAAGUGACUUCAGUGAAUCGUUCCAGCCCGAAGUAGGCGUACAACAGUCUUCUCACACACCCUAA